AUGAAUGAAACACAAGACAGUUAUACAAACUUUGAAGUGGCUUGUUCUUAAUGUCAAACAACUCCUGAUAAUUAUGUCAAAUUAGAUUGUGAUCAUAAGUUUUGUCUUGUUUGUUUGGCUUACAAUUAUCUAUAAUCUUAACAAUAGAACUCUGUAUAUUAGGAUAUUGUUAAAGUUGCAAUUUGUUCUAAGUGCCAAUAUGAAACUCAUCUUGAUUCAGACACUAUUGAAGCCAUUUAGUAUGUGAUUAAGGAAAUCAUCAUUCCGCUUAUUGAAUAGAAUUAAGAAGAACACAAUGGGGACAACGAUUUUGAUCUUAAAUAAUCAGAAACCAUUAGAGAAUCUAAAACUAACUUUGCUGUUGAUUUAAAUAAUGAUCAAUAAACAUAAAAACUUGAAUCAAAGGAUAAAUAUACAAACAAUUUAUAAUUUCAAAAAAUUGACUCAACUAAAGAAGUCUCUGAAGUUAAAGACAUUAAAAAAUAUAAAGAAUCUAUUUCAAACAAAAAUGAUAUGGCUCCAGCUUUAAAUGAAAGAGUACAACUCUAUUUAGAAAGGUUGGAUAAAAGUUUUAAAAAUAAGUUUGAAUCUAUUAGAGAUAUUCAAGAUCAGAAAUUCCAAUUCCAAUAAAAGUGCUAAUCCACUAGAGAUGAAAUCAAUCAAGAAUUUCAAAAAGUAAUGUCAUCUGUAACUAUCAUCAUUAGUAAAUCAUGGUUUUGGAAUAAAAAAAAAAUAAUCUUAUAAAUGAAGUUAAUGCACUUGAAACAUAGUAAUUGUAAGAAAUUCAAAAAUAAGAAAAUGAAUAUGUACUUUAUUCUAUUUUAUCACAAGGAAUCCUAAAUCUAAUUGAUGGCUAAGUAUUAAGAAGAGCUAAAAAAUUAAAAAGGUUUUCCUGAAGAUCUAAGCAAAUUCUUAAUUGAAAUUGAAAAAAUUAUAACUGCGCCAUCUUAAUCUCUGUAAAUAGUAAAAUAUGUGUGCAUGAAUAGAAAUCCUCACUUUUGUCAUCCCAAAGAUAGUUAAUUCGAAUUUAAUCUCUUAGCUAAUAGACAGAGGAGAGAUUAACUACAGAUUCCAAAAUGAUUACAUUUUAAUAGAAAUUUAGUCCUGUUAAAAAUGACAGAACCAACGAAAUUUGGAAUAAAAUUAACGAAAGUGAAAAAAAGAGUAGACUUAAAGAAAGUUCAAUUUCGUAAUAAAGAUCAAAUCAAAAGAGUAGAUGGAAAGAAACUAUCUUAGAAAUCUUUGAUAAAAAAGAAUAGAGCUUUGAAAGAUAUUCUAAUAAUAAAUACAAUCAAUUGAAUAGAACGUAUAAUAUUCAUUAAGUUUUGAACAUGCAACAAUAGAGUUUUUAAAUUUAAAAAGAAAAUUUAUUAAAAAGAUGA